AUGGCCCUGGAAGCCUUACUGGGCCUGCCGCCGCUGCACCUCUUUAUACAACAGGAAGCGCUAGCUGCGGCGGUACGUCUUAAAAAAUCUAAUCUCUGGAGACCGCCUAGGGUGCCACACACCGAAAUCCUCUACGAGGCCAUAGGUAGGGAACCGCUCAUAGAAGCGGUGACUGACAGGAUACCCAAGCAGUUCGUCUUCGACAAGAAAUACAAAAUACAAUUACAUGAAGAACCCCAUGAAGGACUCAACCCAAGGGAGCUGAGAAUCUUCACGGACGGAUCAAAGACAAGGUCAGGCACUGGCGCUGGGGUUUUCUCAGAGGACCUAAACAUACACAUCUCAACACCACUUGGUGCCCAUAACACAGUCUUCCAGGCGGAAUGUAUGGGCAUCAUAAUGGCAGCACACGCAAUCGUCUCAAGGGAAGUAUUGGACUACCCCAUCCGCAUACUCUCUGAUAGUCGAUCAGUACUGCAAGCUCUACAAAGUUAUACUCUCACUUCAGGGCUAAUUUACGAAUGCCACAAAGCUCUGUCAGAGGUAUGUACCACCAAUGGCGUAACUCUGCAGUGGAUCAAAGGACACAGCAACUCACGAGGUAACGAUGCAGCCGACAUCCUGGCGAGAGGUGGCUCGGAACUGAAGGUGGCAGGACCUGAGCCAAUUAUACCUCUGCCAUUUGCCUGGCUCCGGAACAUGCUGCGUCAUAACACCAAGAGCUGCGAGAACCAUAGACCUGAUCUGUCGCCGGGCGCCGGCGAAUUUUCUGGCGUCCGUGGCUUCCUUGUGGCGGGCUCGGGGGGUCCGCUACAGUGCAGAACGGAGGCCGAGGAGGAAGGCGCGUCGAACCAUGCAUCUGGCGCGCCUAACGUGAAGGGCCUUCGGGCAUUCGCGAAGGAGCCGCUCGUAGGCGGCUGCCGCCGGUGGGGUCGCGGAUGCUUACGCAAGCGUCCCCGUAACCCCACCAAUAGGGCGGCGAGGCGGCAUAUGGGGGGUUUUUAG